AUGUACAAUAGAAACUCGGAUUUCAAAAUGCUCGAUUAAUAUUCUCGACCUUAAUCUAGAAUUCAAUUUCUGCCUGAGAUACCACUCUAUUAAUAAUUCAGAUCUCUUUAAAAUAUUCCUAAUACUAGUAGAGCUUAAGAUGCUAUGAUAUCUGGUCGAUAUAGUGAUUAGCUCUAUGAAUCUUAAACCUAAAGAGUUAUUUAGAGUUUGAAAGAUAAGAAAGUUAGUUUCAAUUAGGAGUCACCAAAUUUAUAAAGAGGACUAUUAAGAAAAAUUGAUGAUAAAGGGAUAUCUACAAAGGACAAUAGUCAACCCAAGAGCAUUUUGAAAAGGAAAGGAUCAAAUAGCAGCAGGCACUCUGACAUUUUUGAUUUUUUUGAGUCAGUUGAGGUAGAAUAAUAAUAAGUUGUUCGAAACAAUAAACAUGUAACACUUGCACCUUUGCAAUGUUCGAUAAUUCUCUCACCAAAAAAGAUUGAGACAGUAUCUCCCAAGAGGGUGUCAUUUAAUAGGAAAAUUUAAGUGAAAAUUAUAGGGGAUGAUGAGAGUGAUGUACAGAAAUCAACAAGUAGACAUAUAUUUAGAAGAUAGUUGACUGAUUUUAUAAAUUGA